AUGGAUAUUUACGUGGCUUUGUUAUCGCUUUUCUUUUUUACCAAAGCAGCUCUGGGAUCGGAUCAAGAUUACCAGAUUGAUAUCAUCCACGAACUCGACCUCGCUAAUGCCACCUAUGGAAUUACCCAAGUGGGGGGGCUGCACAACGGCAGCAGAGCCUUCCUCUUCCGAGAUGUCGGGCGAGCGGUUCACGCCCCGGCGCACAUCACAGAGAAAGUGGUGCAGCUGUUCAGGAGUAAAAGCGAGUUUACCUUCUUGGCCUCCAUCCAGCAGAAGUCCUCCACGUCAGGAGUCAUAUUCUCCAUCCACGAGUCGGAACACAGUUACUUUGAGCUGGAGAGCAGCGGGGUGAGGGAGGAGAUCCGCUACCACUACCGCUUCAAAGGGAAGCCGCGCUCCGAGUCCUUCCCCUACCGCCUCGCCGACGGCCAGUGGCACAAGAUCGCCCUCACCAUCAGCGCCUCCCACCUGCUGCUGCACGUGGACUGCAACAGGAUCUACGAGCGGGUGAUAGACCCGCCUCAGAUGGAGCUCACGCCGGGCAGCGGUGUGUGGCUGGGCCAGCACGGCCACAAGCACGGCCUGUUCAAGGGCGUCAUCCAGGAUGUGAAGCUGAUUUUCGCCCCCAACGGCUACAUCACCCAGUGUCCUAACCUCAACCGCACUUGUCCGACCUGCAGCGACUUCCUGAGCCUGGUGCAAGGCAUCAUGGACCUUCAGGAGCUCCUGGCCAAGAUGACCCUGAAGCUGAACUACGCCGAGUCCAGGCUGACCCAGCUGGAGGGCUGUCACUGCGAGCGGACCUGCAGCGCCAACAGCCUGGUGUACCGGGACCAGGAGCUGUGGGUGGAGCCCGAGAACUGCAGGAACUGUGCAUGUAAGAAUGGCGUAGUGGAGUGUCGCAGGAUUUUCUGUCCUCCGGCAAACUGCUCGGAGGACUCGCUGCCGGUUCACGUGGACGGGACCUGCUGCAGGAAGUGCAGACCGAAGUGCACCUACAUGGGCAAGACGUUCUCUGAAGGCCGGCGCUUUUUAUCCCGGAGCUGCAGGGAAUGCAAGAACGGCCUGAUGAUCAAAGUCUCAGAAAGUUGUCCAGAGCUCAACUGCACGACCGGCGAUCAGAUCCUCCCGGACGGCCGCUGCUGCAACGUGUGCAGAGGUUAUGACUUCUGCGCAGAGGGACUCAUUUGUGGAGAAAACUCCGAGUGCAAAAACCGGAAUACCAAAGCAGAGUGUGAAUGCAAGAGCGGCUUUGCCUCCAUCCACGGGGACUCCACUUACUGUGAAGAUAUCGACGAGUGUGCGACGCAGAUGCAUUACUGUCAGUCCAACACGGCGUGCGUCAACCUGCCCGGCAGCCAUCGCUGUGACUGUCUGCCAGGCUUCAUCCGAGUGGACGAGUACUCCUGCACUGAACAUGACGAGUGCGCCAGCAGCCAGAGUUUGUGCGACGUGAACGCCAUCUGCACCAACACCAUCCGAGGACACCUGUGCACCUGCAAGCCGGGCUACGUGGGCAACGGCACCAUCUGCAGAGCCUUCUGUGAAGAGGGAUGCAGGAGCGGAGGAAUCUGUGUGUCCCCCAACACGUGCGUCUGUCCCUCGGGAUUCACAGGACGCCGCUGCGAGACGGAUAUCGAUGAGUGUGCCGAGCGCCUGAUCGACUGCCACAACCACUCCCGCUGUGUCAACCUGCCGGGCUGGUACCACUGUGAAUGCAGAAGUGGUUUCCAUGACAAUGGCUCCUACCUGCUCGAUGGAAGCUCCUGCAUCGACGUUGACGAGUGCAGUUUGCAGACACACACCUGCUGGAACGACAGUGUGUGCGUGAACCUCCCGGGAGGAUACGACUGCGUGUGCACGUCCGGGCCGGGCUGCAGCGGCGACUGUCCACAGGAAGAAGGAAUCAGACGCAACGGAGAAGACUGGAAACCCAGCUUCGACCGCUGCGCCAUCUGCUCCUGCAAGGACGGGCAGACGUACUGCAGACGGAGACCCUGCGACUGCGGCGACCCGGACGAGGAUCUGUUCUGCUGCCCCAGCUGCGACAACCGGCCCAGCAGUCAGUGCCUGGAGCAGAGCGGCCGCUCCCUGUACCGCAGCGGAGCGUCCUGGACGUACGGCUGCCAGCAGUGCCGCUGCAUGGAGGGCGAGGUGGACUGCUGGCCUCUGCUCUGCCCCGGGCUGGUGUGCGAGUACACGGCGGUGGCGGAGGGCGAGUGUUGCCCGCGCUGCGUCACCGACCCCUGCCUGGCCGACAACCUGUCCUACGACAUCCGGCAGACGUGCCAGGACCCGGCCGGCGUCGCCCGGCUCAGCGGGGACACGUGGCACAUGCCCAACUCCGCCUGCACCACCUGCCAGUGCAAGAACGGGAACGUCUGCUGCUCGGUGGAUCUCGACUGCCUUCAGAACAACUGA